AUGAUCACAAUCUACCUUCUUUGGGGACUUCUCUCUCAAGUGUACCUGAUUCAGACUGAAGAUGCUCCUCAACCAAUACCAGUGACUACACGUCUAUUUGGAGACACUGUAUCUUUGCCAUGUCCCAAAGCGGAAUCUCAACAAUUGCUGUACUGGUACAGACAAACUGUUGGCCAACUGCCCAAUCUUGUCGCUUCUGUAUCCUAUGGAUCAGAACCUGUACUUAAAGGAGAGUUUCAGAACCCACGUUUCAAAGUGGAGAAAUCUGAAUAUGUGUACAAUCUCAUUAUCAGAAAUAUCAGCACAUUAGAUGAGGCAACAUACUUUUGUGGAUUGGGGACAAUGUAUGGGAUGAACUAUGGAAAUGCAACAUUUUUGGCUGUGAAAGGACACAAUCACCUUUCAUUGGUGCAGCAACCAGUUUCUGACCCAGUCUAUCCAGGAGACUCUGUGACUCUACAGUGUACAGUACUCUCUGGGACCUGUACAGGAGAACACAGUGUGUACUGGUUCAGAGCCGGAUCAGGAGAAUCCCAUCCAGGAGUCAUUUACACCCCUGGGAACAGGAGAGAUGAGUGUGAGAAGAGCCCUGAGACUCCCUCUCCUACAAAGAGCUGUGUCUACAACCUCUCCAAGAACAACCUCAGUCUCUCUGAUGCUGGGACUUACUACUGUGCUGUGGCCACAUGUGGGGAGAUCCUGUUUGGCAACGGAACAAACCUAAGUAUUGAAAGAUCUCUGGAUAAUGUAGUCAUUGGACUGGGAGUGACAUCAGUUUUCUGUGUGAUUGUGAUCAUUAUCCUCGUUAUCAGCAGAAAUACAAAGCCAAUUUGUGAACAUUAUAAAGUGAGUGUUGCACAGCAUGGACAUGACAACUUAACCACCGAACGUGAUCAGGAUCAAGAUGGAGUUACGUUGAAUUAUGCUGCAUUGAAUUUCUCUGAGAGGAAGACUAAAAGAGGAAGAAAGAAGAGAGAGACACCACAGGAGAGUGUGUACUCUGAUGUCAGGUGCUCAGACUGGGAGUGAACUUUGUUUAUGUGCAGAGGAAUGGGUGUAGUUUGGUCAGGAAACACUUGUCAAUAUAGAUGUAUAUAAUGUAUUCAGACAGUCAUGACAUUUUAGCCUCACUGAUACUAUAAUGUAUAAUAUAAAUAGCUUGUUCUUCUAGGAGUGUUCUCUGUCAGAGGACCACUGUUAUGGAACGGCUUGUCCUGUCAGGUAGAGGGCCAGAAAACAUUGAGGUCUUUAAAUCAAGCCUGAAAAUCUACCUUUUAGCUUGGCCUUUAAUCUUAAUCUGUAAUUGUAUUGUUAUUUUAGACUUCCUUAGUGAUUCUAUGUUUUCCUCUUGUAUCGUAUCUCUUGUAUCUCAGCCCAUUGUUUAGACAUACUGUUUAACAGUGAGCCAACUAAGUGGCUUUGUGCUUAGUGACCACCCUGAGAUUAGAAAGUUGAGGGUUUGAUCCCCGGUCGAGUCACACCAAUUACUCCAACAGUGGGACCGAAUGCCUUUCUGCUUGGCAAUCAGCAUAAAGGAGAUGGAUUGGGUUAAGUGUCCUGUCCUGGAGGUGUACUUGUACAUCAAACUGCCUUCCGCUAUAGAGUCAGGAGAUGGGCUUCUGCCGCUAUGAGCCGUUCUGACUCAGCCAACAAGGAUUACUUACUUACCUGUUGUUCUACUGUAAGGUUUGUUGCAAUUGAAAUGUAUUUCAAAUAAAA